AUGAAGGCGGGAAUCCUGAUGAAAUUGAAGUCACUGCUGAGGGCAACAAGAAGAUGCCUAAGAGGCCCAGCAAAGGUAGAUGACAAGGAAGCAGUUAAUAAUGUGGAUACGUCGUCAUCUGACUUUACCAUACUCCAGGAAAUGGAAGAGGCGUCCCUGGAGCCAGAAAAUGAGAAAAUACUCGACAUUUUGGGGGAAACUUGUAAAUCUGAGCCAGUAAAAGAAGAAGGUUCGGAGCUGGAACAGCCCUUUGCCCAGGUCACGAGUAGCGUGGGGCCAGACAGGAAGCUGGCGGAGGAAGAGGACCUAUUUGAGAGCUGCGGCCACCCGGAAGAGGAAGAAGAGGAAGAGCAGGAAGAGGAGCAAGAGGAGGAGGGAGAUUUAGCUUUGGUCCGCAACAGCGAGUCUGAGUCUCCAAGCACUCGGUGUCAGUGGAGCGAGGCAGAAGCCCCGUUAGCAGUAGUGAAAAGGGAGCCGGGCGAAGUCGCGGGCGCAGGCGGAGGCCCCGGGAUGGACCGUGAACCUGUAGGGCUAGAGGAGCCAGUUGAGCAGAGUAGCACAGCUGCCCAGCUCGAGGAAGCCACCAGCCAGGAGCUGGUGAGAGCGCCCACAGCAUCCCUGAGCCCUGAACCCCAAGAUAGCAAAGACGACGUGAAGAAGUUUGCUUUUGACGCUUGUAAUGACGUCCCUGCAGCUCCUAAAGAGUCCUCAGCCAGUGAGGGCGCUGAUCAGAAAAUGAGUUCUGUUGAAGAAGACUCGGAUACAAAGAGGCUUUCCCGAGAGGAGAAGGGUCGAAGCAGCUGUGGUAGGAAUUUCUGGGUUAGUGGCCUUUCGUCUACAACUAGAGCUACUGAUCUGAAGAACCUAUUCAGCAGAUAUGGGAAGGUGGUGGGUGCCAAGGUCGUAACGAAUGCCCGGAGUCCCGGAGCUCGCUGUUAUGGCUUUGUCACUAUGUCCACAGCUGAAGAGGCAACAAAAUGCAUUAGCCAUUUACACAAGACUGAGCUGCAUGGCAAAAUGAUCUCCGUGGAAAAGGCCAAAAGUGAGCCUGCUGGUAAGAGAGUGCCUGACAGGAGAGAUGGGGACAGCAAGAAGGAGAAAGCCAGUACCAGUGACAGGUCAGCAAACCUGAAGAGGGAGGAGAAAGCCGACAGAAAAGACGAUGCUAAAAAGGGGGAUGAUGGGAACACAGAGAAGAGCAAGGACCUGGACGAUCAGAAGCCUGGGCCUUCAGAACGCUCAAGGACUACCAAGUCAGGAAGCCGUGGCACCGAACGCACAGUGGUGAUGGACAAAUCCAAAGGUGUGCCUGUCAUCAGUGUGAAGACAUCCGGGUCCAAAGAGAGAGCCUCCAAAAGCCAGGACCGAAAGUCAGCCAGCCGGGAAAAGCGGUCUGUCGUGUCCUUUGACAAGGUUAAAGAGUCCCGAAAGUCCAGAGACUCAGAGUCACGGAGGGAGCGGGAGCGCAGUGAACGGGAGCAGCGGUUGCAGGCACAGUGGGAGCGGGAGGAGCGGGAGCGGCUAGAGAUUGCCCGUGAGCGCCUGGCUUUCCACCGCCAUCGGCUAGAGCGAGAGCGCAUGGAGCGAGAGCGGCUGGAGCGCGAGCGCAUGCAUGUGGAACAGGAGCGGAGGCGUGAGCAGGAACGUAUCCACCGUGAGCGGGAGGAGCUACGACGGCAGCAGGAGCUGCGCUAUGAGCAAGAGCGCCGGCCUGCAGUGCGCAGGCCUUACGAUGUGGAUGGCCGGCGUGAUGAUGCCUACUGGCCAGAAGCCAAGCGGGCAGCACUGGAUGACCGCUACCACUCAGACUUUGGCCGCCAGGACCGCUUCCACGAUUUUGACCACAGAGACCGGGGCCGUUACCCCAACCACUCUGUGGACAGGAGAGAAGGUUCGAGGUCGAUGAUGGGAGACAGAGAAGGACAGCAUUACCCUGAACGCCAUGGAGGGCCUGAACGCCAUGGCCGGGACUCUCGAGACGGCUGGGGCUACAGCUCUAACAAGAGAAUGAGUGAAGGCCGAGGGCUGCCCCCUCCUCCCAGGGGCAGGCGUGACUGGGGGGAACACAGCCGGAGACUUGAAGAUGACCGGGCAUGGCAGGGUGCAGCUGACGGAGGCAUGAUGGAGCGUGAGCACAAGAGGUGGCAAGGUGGUGAGAGGAGCAUGUCUGGCCACUCAGGGCCUGGCCACAUGAUGAACCGAGGUGGCAUGUCAGGGCGUGGCAGUUUCGCCCCUGGUGGAGCCUCACGUGGCCAUGUGAUUCCACGUGGAGGGAUGCAGGGAGGCUUUGGAGGACAGAGCCGGGGCAGCAGGCCCAGUGAUGCCCGCUUCACCCGCCGCUACUGAGCACCUGUGCCACCCAGCUGUGUGACCUCUGUGUCCUGUCAGGACUUCUCCCACCAUUGUACAAAGGAUUUUUUUUUAAAUCUGCUGCCAUAUUGUAGCUUGUUAAAUGUGAAUUUGUUUUCAUUUUGGUUUUUGUUGCUGUUUUUUGUAAUAAACGUGUUUCUGUUCAUGUGCCCUUUA